GUGAAGUAUAAAGGAGCUGCUAAGAAAGACCUUUCCAACUCUCUUUAUCAGCAGAUGCCAGCCACAAUUGACAGCGUAUUUGCAAAAGAAUUAACACAGCUUCAGAGCAAGGUUCUCUAUAAACAAAAACAUGAUGCUGAGAAAGGAACUUCAGAUUAUGCACAUAUGAAAGAGCCUCCAGAUAUUAAGCAUGCCAUGGAAGUCAGUAAAUACCAGAGUGAUGUAUCCUAUAAGAAGGGUGUGCAAGGUACUCAUCGAUACACUGAAGUCCUGAACAGGCCAGACAUAAAGAUAGCAACUGAGAUAACAAAGAUAAUAAGUGAUGCUGAGUACAAGAAAGGAAGGGGAGAGAUGAGUAAGGAGCCUGCUGUACUUGGAAGACCAGAUUUCGAACAUGCUAAAGGAGUUUCAAAACUGUUAAGCCAAGUGAAAUACAAAGAGCAGUUCAGUAAGGAAAUGAAGAGCCACCAGUACAAUCCUCUUGACAGUGCUUCCUACAAGCAAGCACAGAUUGCAUCCACCUUAGCAAGUGACGUGAAUUACAAGAAAGAUUUGGAAAACCUACAUGAUCCAGCCUCUGAUCUACCAAACCUGCUGUAUUUAAACCAUGCUUUAACUAUCAGCAAAGUGCAUAGUGAUAAAUCAUUUAAGCAAAGCAAGGGCUUCUAUCAUUUCACCCUAGAUACGGCUGAACACAUCCAUCACAAACAAAAGACAGUGUUUCGAAGUCAGGUCAAAUACAAAGAGAAUUAUGAAAAAUCUAAAGGCAGAUCGAUGCUGGACUUUGUUGAUACACCAAUGUAUCAGUUUUCAAAGGAGGCUCAAAAGAUGCAAAGUGAGAAAAUGUAUCGCAAAGAUUUUGAAGAAGGGAUCAAGGGAAGACCCUCAAUGGAUUUAGACAAGACCCCAGAGUUCUUGCAUAUAAAACAAGUCACUAACCUUCUGAAAGAGAAACAGUAUAGAAAAGAUUUGGAAGAAGGGAUGAAAGGAAAAGGAAUGACAGUGUUUGAAGAUACACCAGAUUUGAUUAGAGUGAAAAACGCAGCUCAGAUACUAAAUGAGAAACAAUACAAGAAAGACCUGGAAACCGAAAUUAAAGGGAGGGGCAUGCAAGUUGGUCCAGAUACUCCUGAGAUAAGACGAGCCAAGAAAGCUUCUGAAAUUGCAAGCAUGAAAGAAUACAGAAAAGACUUGGAGAAUGAAAUUAAAGGAAAGGGAAUGGGAGUGGGCAUGGAUACCCCUGAUAUACAACGAGCCAAAAAAGCUUCUGAAAUUGUAAGCCAGAAAGAAUACAAAAAGGAUCUGGAGACUGAAAUUAUAGGAAAAGGGAUGCAAGUUGGCCCACAUACUCCUGAAAUACAACGCGUCAAAAGGGCUUCAGAAAUAGCAAGCCAGAAAAUCUACAAAGAUGAAGCUGAGAAGAUGCUCUGUAACUAUUCUGCUGUCCCAGACACUCCAGAGAUGGAAAGGAUAAAAAGUACUCAGAAAAACAUCAGUUCAGUGUUUUAUAAGAAGGAAGUAGGAGCUGGCACAGCUGUAAAAGAGACUCCAGAGAUUGAAAGAGUAAAGAAAAAUCAACAGACUAUUAGCUCAAUUAAAUACAAGGAAGAAAUUCAGCAUGCAACAAGUAUUUCUGAUCCGCCUGAAAUAAGGAGAGUUAAGGAAAACCAGAAGAAUAUCAGCAAUGUUCAGUACAAAGAACAGCUCUGCAAAGCUACGCCUGUGAGUGUCACCCCUGAGAUUGAAAGAGUCAAGAGGAAUCAAGAGAAUGUCAGCAUGGUUCACUACAGAGAGCAGCCUGGCAAAGCUACUGCUGUGAGUGUCACUCCUGAGAUAGAGAGAGUCAAGAAGAAUCAAGACAAUAUCAGCUCGGUCAAGUACAGCAGUGAUCAGAGGCAGAUGAAAGGUAGACGUAGUGUGCUUCUAGACACACCUGAGCUAAGGCAUGUCAAAGAAACACAAAACAACAUCUCAAUGGUAAAAUACCAUGAAGAUUUUGAGAAGACAAAGGGCAGAGGCUUCACCCCAGUGGUAGAUGAUCCUGUAACAGAGCGGGUGCGGAAAAACACCCAAAUUGUGAGUGAUGCAGCGUAUAAAGGUGUGCAUCCACAUAUCGUUGAAAUGGACAGAAGACCUGGAAUAAUUGUUGAUCUCAAAGUUUGGCGCACAGAUCCUGGCUCCAUCUUCGACAUUGAUCCUCUGGAGGACAAUAUUCAGUCUAGGAGUCUGCAUAUGCUUUCUGAAAGAGCAAGCCGUUAUAGUAAGCAGUAUUUACAUUCUACCAGUUUGGGAGAUUAUAAAUCAGAUGGCUCUGACACAAACCCUACCUUUUCUUACUACAGUGAGAUAACAAGGCCAUCUGACGAUGGAG